AUGUCAUCAGAACCGAAGAGCCAGGCAUCGAUCCGGAACGAGGCCCGAAGAAGCAUCAUUCUCGGGACCACACCACGAGCCCCUCCAGAAGCGGAGAACAUGGACAGUGAUGUUUCUAGCGACAUCUCCGACAUACCGAUAUUUAGAUCCGCUCUUAGAAGCGAAGAGACAUCGUCUCAAGUACCAAACACCAUCUCCAACGACGCCAUUGCAACUAGCGAAAGGAGCAAGUUGGUUGCAAUAGAAAACAAUUGCCUUGGCACGAAAGGCACACAGCCUCUCUUCCCAACCAAACCUCUAAUUAGAUUUGACGCCCCGGUGGCCCCAUGCCAGCCACCCCGCAUUCCCUAUCACCCAUCGUCCAUGUCUCUGCCCCGGUUCGACGACAACGAUAACGAUGGCGGCGAUGAAGUGGUGAAAAAAUUGAGAGAACGGCUACAGCAACUAGAAGUCGAAAACAGCCGGCUACGCGCAAACCCAAGCACCAUCGAUUCUGUCAAUGUCCAAGUAUUCCACUGCUUGCAAGGCCAAGACGAAAGCAACGAUACUGUUUACUUGUCCGAGCCCGACUGGGAGAAACAGGGUGAACAGAUCAGCUUGAGAUGCCAGUUCCCUGUCCCAGAUCCAGUUGGAUAUUCCCAGCAUCACAGCAUGUCAUUCAUCAUCCUCAAAUAUUACAACCACUCCCAACAGGAAUCGGUGAUAAAGGCAGCGAUGGAAGCUAACGAGGCACUGGGCAGGCCCAGGGCUUACGCCCAAGAGGUGGUCUUGAUAUCAAAAGAGAUGGUCAAAGCGAUGAAGGCUUUCUUUGCUCAAACACCGUCUUUCACCGACGUGCCCAAACUAUCCGAGAAGGGAGUUAUGGAUCCUCCUUACACCUGGUGGUACCACCGCCGAAAGUCUCACAACAUCCAGGGUUUGCCGAAGCGUCAGGCACAGCUUGUGUUGGCUCUCGUGAACUGGAUUGAGGCCGACUACUCGCCGCUAUUCGACGUGAUCGAAGAUCAGCUGCACAGAGGUUGUGUAUCUCAUUUGUCCAUACCGUUUCACUUUCGCCCGGGAGAAGUUCUAGUGUCGAGCGAGGAUGGUGUUCCCCGGGGCUACGUGGUGUUGGCCCAUCCUCAGCCUGAUCGUGAUUAUGAGAAUGGCCAGCAAGAUGAGCAAAUUGCAUCGCAGAAGCCAGUAUUAUGGCUUGCCCAGUGCCUGUCGCUUAACUAUUCUGGAGAAUUCUAUCUGGUCAGGGAAGAAGUUAAGAUAGCCAUCGAAACUGAAGACCCAGAUGAUGAAGUGGACAUACGAACCCUAUCUGUCAUGCCCCUCAAAUAUGCUCCUGACGAUGUGCAGGGCAAGUUAAAACAGCGAGCAAAAAUGUGGUGGAAGCUGCGCGGCAAGCAGCUUGUCUCGUACGAAGGGGUGCCUUCAAAUGAAACACAAGCAGGGCAAAGGUUCAUGAUCGACCUGAGAACGUAUAAUGAGCUUCAUCCUUCGAAUAAAUACUCUCUCAACAAACCCUCUUUUUCUAGAAAGGAGCUAUAUUCGCCAAAGGAUGGCCAAGAUCCCGAAGCUCCUGACAUUUAUUUGUUCCCAGCAAUGGUUCCCGGCUUUGACCUCAGACGCAAGAAAUGGGGCAAGUCCGCUCCAUGCUAUAUUGACCUCCAGGUGGACCAAAUUCGAGAUGUCGUCUGGAAUGACAAGGCCUUUAGCAAUCUUGUGGCUGACGAAGACAUGAAGGAACUGAUCCUCGCAUUGGUUACCAACCAGCUUGAGACAGAAAAGGGAACAGAUCUUAUCGACAACAAGGGGAAUGGCCUCAUCAUGCUUCUUCACGGCUCACCCGGCACCGGGAAGACUUUCACUGCUGAAUCAGUCGCCGAGAUAGCAAAGAAGCCCCUCUACCCGGUGACUUGUGGUGACAUCGGUACUGAGCCCGAGCAGGUGGAGAAGUAUCUUCAGUCUGUCUUCCACCUAGGCAAGAUAUGGGACUGCGUCGUGCUGCUAGACGAAGCAGAGGUUUUUCUAGAGCAACGAACGCUUCAGGAUCUGAAGCGAAACGCCCUGGUGUCUGUGUUUUUGCGCGCUCUCGAAUACUACGAAGGUAUCCUUAUCCUAACCACGAACCGCGUUGGUACCUUCGACGAGGCAUUCAAAUCGCGUAUCCAGCUGGCCUUGCGCUAUGAGAAGCUUCAAGGCUACCAGCGGAAGAAGAUCUGGAGAAACUUUCUGAAAAGGCUGGAGGAGAUCGGUGAGGAAGACAAGAUCGAUUUCGACGACAUUGAGCUGAAUCUGGACGACCUGGCAGGGUACGAGAUGAAUGGUCGGCAGAUUCGCAACUCGAUCACGACGGCGCGGCAGCUGGCAAAGUACAAGGGAAGGAAGAUGACGUUUUCACAUCUGAAAAGAGCGAUUACCGUUGCGGACAAGUUUGAUAGGUAUCUGGCUGAUGUUCAAGAGGGUAUAGAUGAAGAAGGUGGUGGAAGAGGGGAGGAUGGGAGGUACUCGGACGAGUCUAUUGCCCGGCAAGACGGUGUACGGUGA